UGCAAGUGGAAUGAUUCAUUGAAUUCUUACCACUGCUUUUUCUUUCAGUGGAUCGAUGGUCCGGAUAAGUUCGAUCCUAGAAUUCGGCUGUUCCCUUAUUAUCGGUCAGAGUCGUGGGCGUACAAUGAGUUUAGACGAUGUGUCCCUCCCCCACCAAAUCCACCACCUAUGACAAAGGAAGAGAAGCAAGAAGCUGCUAUAUAUCGUGUGAACAAUCCUACCAAAUGUCAUUGCGGUGUUCGUGCCAAACUUCAAAGGCCUAAUAUUGGUGUCCCUCCAAAGUUCACUCCCUUUUUUAGAUGCUCGCUAAAGACUAGAGAUGGAUGGCCGGCAUGUGACUUCAAUGAGUAUAUUUAUGGUCCUAGAUCUCAUUGGCCGACAGAAGAGGAAGUGCGAGAAUUUGAGAGUGAGAAGAAGCCAUGGCCAUGUACAACUACUCCUAGUCUUCGAUGCAAGUGUGGUAUUCUAGCUACAAAAGGCGUAGUUCCUUCUGAGCUUGGCUACGGAUAUUACUGUGGCAAUAGCUACGGAGAGUAUUGGGAGGGAAUGACAUGUGAUUGGGAGUGGUUCGAAGGCCGGUAUGAGCUAAUGUUGCAAUUGGGCAGAACAAAUGAGCCUUGGAAAUCUCGAGACACUUUAAAUAGAAAACUGAAGAUAAGGAAGGAUUAUCAAGUUACUUUGCCCCUUGAGUCAUUUCUGUCAGGGCCUGUACUCCAAGACCUACGGUGUGAGUAUGGAAAGAAGGCAGCAGAAAAGGCGACUCUUGAUGAUUGCAUUGUUUAUUGGAGGAGGAACCGAAGCAAGUACCCACGGCCCCUCACAGAUAGGGAGCUUUUGGCAAAUUAUGAGAAGAAGGAGAAGGAGGAGGAGAUGAAGAGGCAGAGGUUAAGGGAGGAAAGAGCAAAGAAAUGUUUUACUGUUGAUCCGGAAGCUAAAUACCCAAAGGGUUCAUGGGAAGAAUAUUUUCAGAAAUUGGAGGCUAACAAGAGGAUGGAAGAAAUGGAAAAGUUGGAGGAUUUAGCUCAGGAGGCUCAGAUGGAGGCAAUGCAGGCCCUAGUUGCCGAUCUGCCACACAAGGUGCCCAACGUUGAGAAGGAUGUGUCAUCCGCGAGCACAGAGGUUUUGGGUGUUAGAGCUACUCAAAUGGAGGCAAUGAAGGCACUUGUAGGAGACUUACCUGCCCAGGAUCACCCGUCUGACAGGAAAGGAAAAGCAGGGGACACACCUGUAGUCGAUAACCAAGGGAAUAGUGCAGUGCAGGACAAAGGGAAGAGUGCUUCUGAGCAUGACCACGUUUCUGAUGAUGGAGAUGAUGACGAGUGGUGGUCAAUGAAUGCAGAUGAAGUAGAAGUCAUAGUGUCCCAAAUUGUGGUAAGAAAGGGGAAAGCUGUAGUCCAAGAUGAUGGAGAUGAUGAUGAUGAUGGUUGGGGAGAGCUUUUGAUUGAAGGCGAAUCUGAUUAG